AGGCGCGGAGGGGGUCGGAAGUCUCGCGAGAAGUCGUCGACGCCCUUCUGUUUUUGGCGGUUUUUUCGGAGACUCGCUGAGGGGAAAAAGUUUCGUGUCCUCGCGCCUCACUUUUCUCCCCUUAUUUUUUCGCGUGUUUCCGUUGAAUCCUGUUCUUGUUACUAAGGCCGUUACGGAGGGGGGGGGAGAGAAGAAAGGAGCAGGAAAGGCUCUAGCCAGCUGAAAACGAACGGAAACCGUCUGGCUGGAAACGAAAGCCAAGAGACGCGAUGGCCGGCGCGAACCCGAUCCAGAGCCUGUGUGAGGAAACGACCUGCCCCAUUUGCCUGGGAUAUUUCCAAGACCCCGUCAUGACCGACUGCGGGCACGUCUUCUGCCAAAAGUGCAUCGCCCAGCACUGGGGUGUGGGUGGGGAACCAGGCAGCGACGCCAUCUUCUGCCCUCAGUGCAGGGAACCUUGCCCCGAAGGGAGCCUCAGGCCCGUCCGGCCCUUGGCCAACAUCACCGAGAUUGCCCAGAGGCUCAGCCUUCAGCUGGCCAGGGCGACCGAAGCCGUGGGGGUUCAAAUGUGCGAGGACCACCAGGAGCCCCUGAAACUGUUCUGUGAGGACGACCAGGUCCUUCUGUGUGUGGUGUGCGACCGGUCCAGAGAGCACCGGGAGCACAACGUGAUCCCCAAGAAGGAGGCUUUCGAAGAGCACAAGGAGACAAUUUUAGACCACCUGGAAUUUCUGAGGAAAGAAAGAGAAGAAAUCUUGUCUUGUAAACUGGAAAAGGAAAAUGGAAGCCAGAAUCUAUUGAAAGAGGUGGAAGUAGAAAGGCAGAAAAUUGUGGCUGAAUUUAAGGAACUACAUCAGUAUUUGGAAAAAACAGAGACGUUCUUGUUAACUAAACUGGAGAGUCUGGAUGAUGACAUUAAAGAUGUAAGAAAUAAAAUUGUAGCCACACUCUCCCAUGAAAUUUCCUCUGUGGAUAAACUUAUCAAGGAAAUGGAAGAGAAGCACGGUCAGCUAGAAGAUGAAUUCUUGCAGGAUAUCAAAAGUGUCUUGCAAAGGUGUAAAAGAGAGAAAUUUGUGAAGCCUAACAUUCCUUUUCCUCAGCUAAGGAAACAUAUUGAAUACUUCUCUGAAAUCCAUUCUGUUCUGGAGCACGUUGUGAAAAAAAUCAAAGACACUGUGCUCUCUGAACUUGAUGCAAAGAAAGACAUACCUCUUCCCAAGAUGCUCAUAUCAUCAGCUUCUCUUGUAAAACAUGAUUACUAUGCCUCUAAAAGUGAAUUUUAUUGUUGGUCCAGUGUUUUGGGGGUUGAGAGAAUAAACUCAGGAAGACAUUCCUGGGUGGUGGAUGUGGGACAGAGAAGAUACUGGACUGUGGGAGUAGCCAAAGAGGAUUUAAGAGAACAGAACAAGAUCCAUUUAAGCCCUGAGAAAGGGGUCUGGGCCGUGGGGAAGUUGUCACUAAACAGUAAUGAUACACACUGUGCUUUCCCCCCUCCUGGAAUACCUCUGGAGCAGUUCUGGAUACACAGCAACUUCAAGAUCAACAACCCUUCUGUUUCACCGACAAGGAUCCGUGUAUCGCUUGACUAUGAACAAGGAUCGGUGACCUUUUCUGAUGCUGAUACACAUGACCUCAUCUAUACUUUCAACAAUGCCUCAUUUGCUGGGGCAAAACUGUGCUCCUGGCUCAGUCAAGGCCUGAUGUUGUGCUGAUGCUCUUUGAAUCUUAGUAGGUGUGAGAGUGGCAAGGUCCAAUCUAUGACCAACUGAAUUCAUGUAAAGAAAUAGGUGAUGGUGAGAGACGGAAAACAGGUGGGCAAGUUGAAACUUUGGUGAUACCACCCCUACCACCAUUUAUAUUUCCUGCUUCAGUAGAAAUUAUCUCUGUUCUUUUCCUGUGGAUCAAAAUUGCUGAGGAAUUUUUAAUAAAAAGAAUUAUCUAGUGCUCCCUGUAUCAAUCUGUAACAUGCAUAGGUUAGGUGAUGUGGGAUAGCAGUGAUGACACUAUAAUCAAACGGAGCUGUAGCUACCAGAUAUAGAUGUUCCCUGCCUUCUUUGGCUUACACCUUCUCUCUUGCUUGCCUAUGCCUGGACUCGAACCAGUUGCUCGCCCCAUCCAAGUCCCACAGAACUGCCUCUCCAUCUCACAGCAGCACACACAGCCAGCCAAGGGGAAAUGGUGCAGAAAGUAGAAUUUUGUUUCUGUUCUGCACAGAUUGGAGGGCAGUCCGGAUCACUGGCUCAAGCUGAAAGGGUGAAUCCCCAUUAGUUUUAGCUUUCCCCCUCCCCACCCUCAGAAAUCCUAAUUUUUAAGGGGCAGCAUAAACCUUUUUCCUCUUUGCCCUAACUCUGCAUUUAAAUUGGACAUUCCCUAGCCAAGUUUUUUUGCGGGUGGUGGAGGGUGUGAGUGAGGAGUUAACCUGUGUAGUUUCUGUACUGCUUUAACCAAAGACAUGUUAGCAAUGCUAGGUCAAAAACCUGAUUCGUUUUUAUUUUUGAUACUCUUGUCCAAUCUGAUAGGAAAGCGUAUUCCUUUGAAAAUGUUCAAAAAUCAUAAUUCUGUUGUUUGGUGUGUGUGUUUUUAAAUUUCAAGGGAAUGGCAAAAAGAGGACAGUUUCAUCGUAGCUAUGUACAGAAAGUAGUAAAGGAAGAAAGUAUUUUUCUUUAUAACCUGUUGGUUAUAAUAUUAUACUGUAUUAUUGGCUCUAUUGCCAUUUUUCUAUAUAAGCUUAUCAUAGUAAGACUGUAUGUUUAAUCUUUUUUCCAUAAUCCAAAGAAAGGCUUUUGACAGAUGUUUUCCUGAUUUGUGUAUAGGAUAAAUUGUUUCCUAUUAUGUAAAAAUCAGAUAUUUAACUUUAACUAAUUUAGUUUCUUUAGCUUUUGGGGAGCCCUUGUGGUAAGAACAAAGUUUGUUGUGAGCUUCUCUUUGCUUUAAUGUAUCUUGCACACCCAUUAAUCAUCCUUACUCAAUAAAAGUUUAUUCUUUUGCACAA